GGCCGAGAUUUGUCGAAUCAUCUGUCCUGCCCGGACUGCUGAAAGCGGCCGCUACGCCAUGUUGUCGAAGUCUCUCAUCUCUGUGAGGAAAAAAUGAUAGAAAACAGAAUUGCCGCGAGGAGAAGAUAGACCGCAGAGGGAGGUCGAAGAUUGCGGCGAUUGUUUCGUUUGAGAGAAACGAACCGAAACGGAUCCGCAGAGGUUCCGGACGGGCCAGGGAGGCUAAACCUCCCACCGUCCCCAUGAAUAGCACCGCUGAUCCGAACAGCGACUUUCCAUGAAAAAAGCCGUUUGUGUGGCAAUUCCAGCUUCGUUAUCCCCGCUCGUUAGAGGGAUUUGGGGCCUGCUUCAAGUAUCUCCUCGGCUUGAUUUAUGAAUGCAAGCUACGCGCUGUUUGUACCUUUUAUUUAUUAAGGCAUUGUUUUUAAUUUAGAUAUUUUUGCGAUGAGUUUGCCACCGAAAGUGGUCCCGAAAACCGCCGCUGUCGCAGUUAGCGGACCUGGAAGUGGCCCCUCUCCGUCGAGCCAACUGCGGGCUACCCUGACCUCCGUGUCUCUGCCGCCGGGAGCCCCAGCAGCUCCCCAGCCCGGCGCGGUGCCGCCGCCUCAAAUCCCACGGGUUCCUCCUUCCCUGGAAGAUCGAAUCUUUCCCACACAGCCUGGAGUUGCCGUCUACAACGUGCCCAGGCAUGCCGGUCCUCCUUACUCUGCUCAUGACAUCGCAAAGGGACACCCCUCGCUGGCGGGAACCCCGCCCGGUCAUGCCCACUCCCCGGCGCUCUCUCAGGUAUCAGUACCCACAGCUUCCCCAUAUCGCUACCCUAAGGGCUGGGAGGCAGGCGGAGGGUCUCCAUACAAUCCUGGUCAAAAUGCCGGCUCUGCGCCGUUGGUGUAUUCCACGCAGACGCAGCCUCAGAGUCGCCCGUUUGCGACGGGGCCUCGACCAACCCAUCAUCAGGGAGGAUUCAGGCCCAUCCAGUUUUUCCAGAGGGCUCAGAUGCAGACGGCGAGACCCACCAUCCCAACCAACACAGCGUCCAUCCGGCCCGGCUCGCAGGCCCCCACCGCGGCCGUCUACCCCACCAACCAGCCCAUCGUCAUGACCAUGGCCCCCAUGCCUUUCCACUCUGCACAUGCCACGCAGUACUACAUCCCUCAGUAUCGCCACAGCACACCUUAUGUCGGACCCCCCCAACAGUAUUCCGUGCAGCCUGCAGGCUCCGGUACCUUCUAUCCCGGUCCAGGACCCGGGGAGUAUCCUGCUCCGUAUCAUCCCCUCAGGUACCAUCCUCCGGUCUCCCCCUCCGUUCCCGCCCCCAUCGCCACCGCCGGCCCCCCCUACUACCCAGGACAGACGCUGUACCCGCCCUCAGCCCCCAUCAUAGUGCCUACACAACAGCAGCAACCUCAUCCAGUCAAGCGUGAGAAAAAACCAAUCCGUAUCCGUGACCCAAACCAGGGGGGCAGGGACAUCACAGAGGAGAUCAUGGCGGGGGUAUCUGGAAGCAGGAACUCGACGCCUCCUGUCGGCCCUCCCUCCUCUACUCCCACCCCCCCACAGCAGCCGAGCAGCAGUCAUACUCCGGAGCAGCAGCAGCAGCCCCACCCCGGAGGUUUCACGUUGGAGCCCCAGCAGAUGCCGCCGCCGCUGCCGCCGCCAGUGACCGCUGGGCUUACAGACGUCAAAUCGUGGCCAGAUGAAAUCCCCAAACUGGAGCCAGUAAUCCCGAAGUCUUCCUCUCCUGGGCUGGUGCAGCUGGAAGCUCCAUUGGAGAGACUGCAGGCCAGCACUCCGGUGUCGAAGCCCUCCACUCCUAAUGAACCAGAGCUUCCUCCCGCCCCCCACCAGGCCGCCCCGGUCACCCUGCCACUCUCUGCGGUAAACAGCGUUGAAGGUCCGUCAGAGUCCACCGCUCUGGCUUCCUCCCCCUCGUCUUCUCCUGGGAGCAACAAAACCUCUCUGACACCACCUCAGACGCUGAGCACGGAGCCCCCCCUCGCCGACCACCCCCCAGCUGCGGCUGCUCCUCAGACGCCCGGCCCAGCGGCUUUGAACGGCCUGGCAGACUCUGGAAACGAGCUGGAUGCUGCGCCGCCUAAAGCCGCUGUUCUGCUUCCGCCCGGCCUCCUACCCCAGUCUCCUGCAUACAGGGAGGCCCCCCCGUCGGAAAGCCUGCCCCCCGACGUAAGGCCAGAAGUGCAGAUUGCUGCCCCCCUCCCCCCUCUGGUGCCUGUGGCUGUGGUCCCGGUUACCCUGUCUCCAAGCCCCAUCCCAGUUCUGCCCGCCACGCUCCCCCCGGGCCUCCCACCUCUGGUCCAGGCCCCCGCUGAGGCAGACGAGCUGAGCGAGACCGUCGACGCCAAAAACGCCAUCGGAGGAGAGGUGGAGCCCAGCAGCAGCUCCGGGAGCAAAACGGAACCACAAACCUUCACCAGGAAGAGCCCCCCCACAGUCAAUCAAAGUUCUUCUGUGAUACCAAAGACCUGGAGAAAACCAAAUGACGGGAUCUUUGCUGGGGAGGCCCCUCACAAGGAGGACGACGUCAGAGAGGAGGACCAGCCCAGGGCCGCGGAUCCGCCUGCCGGAGACCAGGCUCUGCGUUCGUCUCCUCUCAGCUGCAGCCCCCUGCCGUCGGCCUUCGACCCCCCACCUGCACCGGAGGAAAACGGCGAGACGGAGCUGGAGCCCAUGAGGAACGGGGCGGGUCACAUCUCGGAGACGGAGAGCAGCGACAGCGGCGCCACCUCCGGAGACAAGGAGAACUCUGUGGGGCCGGGCCAGGACAUGGAGGACAUGGCUGAGUCAGGUGGGAAGCGUCAGUACAACAGAGAGUUCCUGUUGAACUUCCAGUUCAUGCCGGCGUGCACACAGAAGCCUGAAGGACUCCCCCCAAUCAGCGACGUCGUGCUGGACAAGAUGAACCAGAACAAGAUGCCGUCUCGCGCCGUGGAUUCCAGGGUGAUUUCCAGAGGACCGGACUUCACGCCCGCUUUCGCUGACUUUGGGAGGCAGAUGAGCGGAGCGCGAGGCGCGGCGCUCAUGAACAUGGGGACACGGCGGCCCCCACCCAGGAAGAUCAUCAUGAACGUGACGGUCAACGACGACGUUCAGCUGAAAAAGGCGGAAAACGCCUGGAAACCCGGCAUGAAGAGGGAGACCCUCCCAGAAGAUCCGGAAGCUCAGAGAACACAGGAGCUCUUCCGGAGAGUUCGCAGCAUCCUGAACAAGCUGACGCCUCAGAAGUUCAACCAGCUGAUGAAGCAGGUGACGGAUCUGACCAUCGACACGGAGGAGCGGCUGAAAGGCGUCAUCGACCUGGUCUUUGAGAAGGCCAUCGACGAGCCCGGCUUCUCCGUCGCGUACGGGAACAUGUGCCGCUGCCUCGCCACGCUGAAAGUGCAGAUGACGGACAAACCCAACUCCACUGUGAAUUUCCGCAAGCUGCUGCUAAAUCGCUGCCAGAAGGAGUUUGAGAAGGACAAGGUGGACGAUGUGGUGUUCGAGAGGAAGCAGAAAGAGCUGGACUCUGCUGCAUCUACGACGGAGCGCGAGCGGCUCCAGGAGGAGCUGGAAGAAGCCAAGGACAAAGCCCGCCGGCGGUCCAUCGGCAACAUCAAGUUCAUCGGCGAGCUGUUCAAGCUGAAGAUGCUGACGGAGGCCAUCAUGCACGACUGUGUGGUCAAGCUGCUGAAGAACCACGACGAGGAGUCUCUGGAAUGCCUCUGCAGGCUGCUCACCACCAUCGGCAAGGACCUGGACUUUGAGAAGGCCAAGCCUCGCAUGGAUCAGUAUUUCAAUCAAAUGGAGAAGAUCGUCAAGGAGAGGAAGACGUCUUCGAGGAUUCGGUUUAUGCUACAGGAUGUUAUAGACUUGAGAUUGCACAACUGGGUGUCCCGCAGAGCCGACCAGGGCCCCAAAACCAUCGAGCAGAUCCACAAAGAGGCUAAGAUUGAGGAGCAGGAAGAGCAGAGAAAGGUCCACCAGCAGCUGCUCUCCAAGGACAGCAAGAGACGGCCAGAUCCCAGAGAGCAGCGAGCACAGAGAGACGAUACCUGGAACACGGUGCCGACGACGAAGAACAGCAGGACCAUCGACCCAAACAAGAUCCCAAAGAUCUCCAAGCCUCAGAUGGAUGAGAAGAUCCAGCUCGGCCCACGAGCUCAAGUAACGUGGGUGAAGGGCAGCAGUGGAGGAGCCAAAGCCAGCGACUCUGAACUGUCUCGGACAGCUGGUCUGAACCGGUACUCCGCGCUGCAGUCCACGCCGUCGCCCCAACCCUCGACCCCGCCUCCACAGAACCCGGACUUUGACUCCAGGCGAACUCUGGGAGGCCGAGGCUCUACGGUCCGAGACAAGCCCGUGGUCGCCAGCCCACCGUCGUCGCGGCCCGGCCCGUUCAUCAGAGGGGGCAGUUCGAAAGAACUGCUGGAGCCACAAACCCCCGAGGGGCCGCAAAGAGAGCGGGAAGGGGCGGAGCCUCGGAGGCCGAGCGUCACGGAGGACAAAAGCGAGUCGGAGCGCAGCAGAGUGCGAGAAGCAGUGAAACCAGAACCUCCGGUUCCGACCGUGGACAAGCCUUCCCUGUCUGUGGAGGAGAUCGAGAGGAAGUCCAAGUCCAUCAUUGAGGAGUUCCUGCACAUCAACGACUACAAGGAGGCCGUCCUGUGCGUGGACGAGCUGGACCUGGGCUCUCAGCUGCACGUCUUCGUGCAGGUCGGCGUGGAUUCCACUCUGGAGCGGAGCCAGAUCACACGGGACCACAUGGGCCAGCUCUUCUUCCAGCUGGUGCAGCAGGGAAUCCUGCCCAAGCCUCAGUUCUAUAAAGGGUUCACGGACACGCUGGAGAUGGCAGACGACAUGGCCAUCGACAUUCCCCACAUCUGGCUGUAUCUGGCCGAGAUGCUCUGCCCCGUGCUGAAGGACGGGGGCUUCUCUAUGAGAGAGCUCUUUAGUGAAUUAAGCAAACCAUUGCUUCCUGUUGGAAGAGCUGGGAUCUUAAUUUCAGAAAUACUGCACAUACUAUGCAAACAAAUGAGCCAUAGGACUGUAAGCUCUUUGUGGAGAGAAUCUGGCAUCAGCUGGACUGACGUUCUGCCACAGGGAGAGGACGUCCAGGCUUUCAUCUCACAGCAGAAACUCGAGUUUCUUCAGACGGACGGCUCGGGCUGUGAGGCGGCUCCGUCCAAAAGGAUGCUGUCUCCUGAGGAGCUGAGCCAGCAGCUGGAGAAACUCCUCCUGGAGGACAUGGCCAGUGACGAGCAGAUCUUUGAUUGGGUUGAGGAGAACCUGGAUGAACCUCAGACCAGCUCGCCCCCCUUCCUGAGGUCCCUGAUGACGGCUGUUUGUAAGGCAGCAGUGAAAGACGAGAACAACUGCUGUCGGGUGGACACGGCCAUCAUCCAGAGGAGACUUCCUGUUUUACUGAAGUACCUUAACUCAGACACUGAGCGACAGCUGCAAGCACUUUACGCACUUCAGGCGCUGAUCGUUUCGCUCGAGCAGCCCGCGAAUCUCCUCCGGAUGUUCUUCGACUGUCUGUACGACGAGGACGUCAUCUCGGAGGACGCGUUCUACAAGUGGGAGUCCAGCAAAGACCCGGCCGAGCAGGAGGGCAAAGGCGUGGCCCUCAAGUCUGUGACGGCCUUCUUCACCUGGCUGCGGGAGGCGGAGGAGGAGUCCGAGGACAAUUGACGAGGGAGACGCCGCAGCAGAACUGCAUCCUUGGAAGCUGAGCGAGCGUUCAAAGUGGCUUCACGACAGGAAAAACGAUGUUUCCUGUGGUACGGUUCCGACGCCAUUUUGAGUUUGGAUUCCAGCAGCGGAAGCACUAAAUAUCUGUAUCAUACAUAGAAAAUAUUUUUGUUUUAAAUUUUAACUUUUCUUUUGUUACUUUUUAAGAAGAGACUUAAAAGAUGCAUAGGUUCUGGACUCUUUAAUUUAUUAUUUUUUUAAGGACUGCAAAUAUUAAAGUUAUUUAACAUUUGCAGAUGUUCACAGUAAAAACAGGAUUAACAACAUAAUCAAUUAGAAUAACAAAGUAUUGUGAAAAUAUCCUCCCUGAAACGCUGACAAACAGGGUAGAAGCAAAUGCUUUUGGAACGAAAAAAUCCUGAAUGAACCGGAGCUUUCAGGAGGUGAAAGCCGCGUGACGCGCUGCUCGAACAAACUCCUCGCGGGAGGCAGACGUCAAAAAGCAAGAACCGUCUUGGGGAGGGGGACAAAAAAAAAAAGGCAACUUCAAAAAGCUAAUGGCCAAGUUCGCUAAAUACCAGAUGCUUGUAAUACUGAAGACUUACAACGCAGAUUAAAGCUUGUAAAUACAUUAAAGACAAAAAAUGUAUUUAAAA